CUACGUCAUCCACUUACCAGCGGUGUUGUAGUUUGGAUGCUGAGGAAGCUGCUCGUCGGUGCUACUCAUUACACUGUAAACACACACACACACGGUUUAUGCCGGUUGUGUCAGUCGGUGUGGUAGCAAACUAAACAUCCAGCCAGUCAGAGAUGGCCCUGUGCUCCGAGCCUGCUAACGCUAGCUCCGCGGGGAACGGACAGCUGAUGAAGGAGAGGAAGGUGGCGGUUAUUACCGGUAUCACCGGACAGGAUGGUUCCUACCUCGCUGAGUUCCUGCUCGCAAAAGGCUACGAGGUUCAUGGUAUUUUGCGUCGUUCCAGCUCCUUCAACACUGGUCGCAUUGAGCAUCUUUACCAGAACCCCCAGACACACACUGAAGGCAACAUGAAGCUGCAUUACGGCGACCUGACUGACAGCACAUGUCUGGUGAAGAUCAUCAACCAGGUGAAGCCGACGGAGAUCUACAACCUGGGCGCUCAGAGUCACGUUAAGGUCUCCUUUGAUUUGGCCGAGUACACCGCUAACGUGGACGGCGUGGGCACGCUCCGUCUGUUGGACGCCAUAAACACGUGCGGUCUGACCAACAGCGUCAAGUUCUACCAGGCCUCCACCAGCGAGCUGUACGGCAAAGUCCAGGAGAUCCCUCAGAAGGAAACCACUCCCUUCUACCCUCGCUCACCUUACGGUGCGGCGAAGCUUUACGCCUACUGGAUCGUGGUGAACUUUCGAGAGGCCUACAACAUGUUCGCUGUCAACGGGAUCCUCUUUAACCACGAGAGCCCGAGGAGAGGUGCAAACUUUGUGACGCGUAAGAUCAGCCGCUCUGUGGCAAAGAUUCACCUGGGCCAACUGGAGAACUUCAGCCUGGGCAACCUGGACUCCAAGAGGGACUGGGGCCACGCCAAAGACUACGUGGAGGCGAUGUGGCUGAUGCUACAAAAGGAGGAGCCAGAGGAUUUCGUCAUAGCAACAGGGGAGGUGCACAGUGUGAGGGAGUUUGUAGAGAAAGCCUUCAAACGUGUGGGGAAGACUAUUGUGUGGGAAGGAAAGGAUGAGAAGGAGGUCGGCCGCUGCCAGGAGACACGGGUGGUACAUGUGACGGUGGACCCAAAAUACUUCCGCCCCACCGAAGUGGACUACCUACAAGGUGACAGCACCAAAGCGUAUCAGCAGCUGGGUUGGAAGCCAAAGGUGACUUUUGAGGAGCUGGUGAAGGAGAUGGUGGACUCAGACGUGGAGCUAAUGAAGAAAAACCCAAACGCCUGAGGCCAAAUCCGUCGCUCCGCCGCCCGGGGUGGAAACGUUUCAGCACUCCAGUCCUCUGCCGCGGACACCCACAGUGGAGGGAACAUGUAUUUUUACCUUCAUGACUUUUUCCAAAUGAAUGAAUUGUGUCCUUUUCUUCAUUAUUAAGGGGGUUAGAUGGAAUCAUCCAUUGUCUUUGUGUCUUUGUCUUCUUUUUGUAAUCCUGUCGUUGAUUUAGUUUAUUAUCACAUAGCAAAGAUGCCUUUUAUAUGUCAUCACUGAUCAUGUUAUUAUUUUUAUAGAUGUCAGGCUUAACGGUUUAUUUAUAUGACUGUUUCUUUAGAUUGUGGACUGUGUUAAUUUACUUUUUUUUUCUUUCCGAGGAUGAAAUUGAAGAAUAUAUAAAUAACUACAAUGAAUGAAGGUUUUUAUCUUUAUUUAAAAAAUAAUAAUCACUGGGUUUAUUAAUGGUAAAUACUCAUUUGGUGCAAUAAAGAUUCAUCUUUUUA